UCCCUCUCCCUCAGGAACUCCUUCAGUCAGAAAUCACAGCCACCCCAUCACACCUGAGAUACAGGGAAACGCAAAUGGACUAAAGCUCCCUUUUACAACAGAAGAACAAUGCCAUCGAGAUGCUCCACAGUGCUGAGGGUUAUUGGCACCACCAUCUUUGCCUUGGCUGUCUUGCUGGGAAUCCUGGCGGCCUACAUCACCGGCUACCAGUUCAUCCACACAGAGCAGCACUACCUCUCCUUCGGACUGUACGGGGCCAUCCUGGCCCUCCACCUCUUCUUCCAGAGCCUCUUUGCUUUCCUGGAGCACCGGCAGAUGAGGAAGGAGGCCAAGCAAGAGAUCCUGUGCAAGACGGUGGCGCUGUGCAUUGCUGCCUUCCAGGAAGACCCUGACUACUUGAAGAAAUGCCUGCAGUCCGUCAAGAGGAUCUCCUUCCCCAACCUCAAGGUGGUCAUGGUGGUGGAUGGAAACAACCCCGAUGACAUGUACAUGAUGGAGAUCUUUAACGAGGUCAUGGGAUCUGAGCUGACGGGCAACUGCGUGUGGAAGGGUAACUACCAUGUGGCCCCCGAGGGAGAGAAGGACUACACCCUGGAGGAGGGCUCCAGGCGGGUGACUGAGGUUGUGAGGAACUGCAGGUACUCCUGCAUCAUGCAGCAGUGGGGCGGAAAAAGGGAGGUCAUGUACACGGCCUUCAAAGUGCUUGGGGACUCAGUGGAUUAUAUGCAGGUGUGUGACUCAGACACUGUCCUGGAUCCUGCUUGUACCAUGGAACUGCUGAAAAUCAUUGAGCAGGAUCCCAAAGUGGGAGGAGCUGGAGGGGAUGUGCAGAUCCUGAACAAGUACGAUUCGUGGAUCUCCUUCCUGAGCAGCGUGCGCUACUGGAUGGCCUUCAACGUGGAGAGGGCCUGCCAGUCCUACUUCGGCUGCGUCCAGUGCAUCAGCGGGCCCCUGGGCAUGUACCGCAACUCCCUCCUGCAGCAGUUCCUUGAGGAUUGGUACAACCAGACUUUCCUGGGCAGCAAAUGCAGCUUUGGGGAUGACCGCCACCUCACCAACCGGGUCCUGAGCCUGGGCUACAAGACCAAAUUCACUGCCAGGUCCACGUGCCAGACCGAGACACCUACCAAGUACCUCCGGUGGCUCAACCAGCAGACACGCUGGAGCAAAUCCUACUUCCGCGAGUGGCUCUACAAUGCCCUGUGGUUCCACAAGCACAACCUGUGGAUGACCUACGAGUCCGUGGUGACCGGCUUCUUCCCCUUUUUCCUGAUCGCCACCGUAAUCCACCUCUUCUACCGGGGCCGCAUCUGGAACAUCCUACUCUUCUUUCUCACAGUGCAGCUGGUGGGCAUGAUCAAAGCCACCUACGCCUGCUUCCUCCGGGGGAACGUGGUCAUGAUCUUCAUGUCUCUUUACUCGCUCCUCUACAUGUCCAGCCUACUCCCGGCCAAGAUGUUCGCCAUAGCCACCAUCAACAAAGCCGGCUGGGGCACCUCCGGCCGGAAGAAGAUUGUGGUCAACUUCAUCGGCCUCAUCCCCGUCACGGUGUGGUUCGCCAUCCUGCUGGGAGGGAUCUCCUACACCAUCUACUGCGAGACUCAGGACCCUUUCAGUGAGACUGAGAUAGCCUUCCUGAUCACUGGAGCCAUCAUUUACGCCAGCUACUGGAUCAUACUCCUCAUCCUCUACCUGGCCAUUGUGGCCAAACGGUGCAGCAAGAGAGAGGAGCAGUACAACCUGGCGUACGCUGAGGCCUAAACACUCUGGUGCUACAUCUACAUCAACUCAGCAAUGCAGUAAACUAUUUUCAGUCUUAAAGCACAUAUUAGGGGUAAAAUCCCUGCCCCUAACUCACUUAAAGACCACAGCACUUACAUUGAGAGAAAAGCCACAUAGUUAUUGUAUGCUGCAAAGGUACUGAGUGGGGAAAACAGGUUCUAAAGUGUUCCCAAGUAGAUUUUCAGCAGUGCCAACUUAUUUCCUACCUAUAGCUAUUGGAUGCAAUAUAUUCAAUUAAGAAUGACAGAGGUAAUGAAGAACACAGAUCGCCAGGAGUAUUAAAGUGCUGGGCUCAUUUAUUGCUAAAUCUUAAUCAGGUACUAAAAUAGCUAAGAGGUCGACUUUAAUCCCUAUGUUGCCUUACAUUUAUUCAAAGCAAGGUGUCUUGCCUAUUUCUAAAAUGGUAUUUACAGUAUAUCCCCGAUAAGAGAAAUAUUUUGGAGGCACACUUACGAGUAAAUACAUCAGACUUACAUUUUUAGAUGCAUCUAAAGAUCACUAAGGCGUGGUGAAACUUAGCAUGGCUAUUUGUUAGCAGUAACGUUCAUUAGUCCCUAAGAGUACGAGAAUCUGUCAUGUUGACCAACUUAUUAAUGGAUUCUGGCUUGUGAUUGGUUGAGUUGAAGACUAUGAAAAACUCAAUAUCUUUGUAUGGAUACAAGAAACAUGUAUUUUACUUGAACAAAUACAGUUGGAACAAUCAUACAUUCCGUAGACAAAUGUCUAAACGCCAAGCAGACAAACAAUUCGGCUUGUUGUAAAUUUGACCACAGUCCAGUACAUACUUUUCCUGGUUCUAUUUUACUUCAAAAAUCCAAUUGAGGUUUUUUGUUUUUUUUACACAGCGAUUUUGUGUACCAGUUCAGUGAACUAUAAAGGCAACUCAAAAUAAUCACACAUAACUGUAACUACACAAUCUAUGCAUACAAAUGAAUUAAUGAAAUGUAAUAUAUACUUAAUAUUUUAUUAUGAAAUGAUCACUUUGAGUGCACAACAAAACCGUUGUCCAACAAAACUGUAACCCAUGCAAUGCCAGGGGGUGUUGCCGCACCCCUAGUUCCAGCACCCCUGUAUGUGUGUGUGUGUAUAUAUAUAUAUAUAUAUAUAAUGAAUAUAUAUACACACUCCAGACCUUCUCACUCCUCCGAUUCCUGCUUCCAAUCACCCUUUAUAUAGUGCAUGCGAUUGCACCCUGUUACAUGGUGUUUCACCUGGAGCGAUCGGCCGCUGUUGCUUGCAAUCGAUUGCAUGCAAUUGCGUGCAAUCAAUCGCACGGAAAUCGUAUAGUGAAUCAUGGCCUUAAGGCAGGGGUGUCAAACUCCAGUUCUCGAGGGCCGCAGGGUCUACUGGUUUUCAUUCCAACUUAAGCUGUCAAUUAACAUAAUUGAUCUAAUUAUUUGUUCAAUUUGACAUAUUUAAUAUUUUUCAAGGUCUUUUACAGUUGAUGGUUUUAAAAAUGCAAAGGUACACUACCGAUGAAACAUUUUGAGGCCUGAAGAGAAGUGUUAAAUGUGUCCAGUUAAUCAAAUAAUUAGACCAAUUAAGUAACUGAGAGCUUGGGUGGAACGAAAGCCAGAAGACACUGCGGCCCUCCAGGAACUGAGUUUGAGGUAUCUCAAUUGCCCAUGCAUUAAACAUUACCAGCCAUGGUCCCAGCACAGACUCACACUAGUGAAUCCUUUUAAUAAUAAGUCCAAUAUUGUAUUUAAAGAUUUCUUAGAAAGUAUGAUGUGUUUUUAAUGUUUUUGUACUCCUAUCAAUUUUUCUAUUUAUUUCUUUAAACAAAACUGCUGAUGUUUUAUAAUUUACAAGUACCUGUCAUUGAGCCUUUAUUAACAAAUUGAAAUGCAUUGAAAGCAAGACUUUUUAUGUUUGUUUAUUUAAUUUUGUAAUUUAAAUACUGUUUCUUUUUUUUAAAAAUGUUUCUUUAAGAGUUAUAACCAAAGAAAAUUAUUUCCAAGUGUUGAGAACCUAUACAAAAGUAGUGGUUUAAACAAUGUAGGGAUUGAUUUGUUUUUAGCCACACCGUCUGAAUUUGUUGCACAUCUUUAUUAAACUUCCAUUUAGGUCAAGGACAAGCAAGAUAUUUGCAAUGCCAAAAGUUGUGUGUGCUUUGUGAACCUGAAAGGGCAAUUUGAAUUUCACUGCUGAUGUGCACUGUGAGAAGUGUAAAGCAGUUUAAUGCACUGUGCAUUAGUCAGUCUGCUGAAUGAUGCUCAUAUGCUGCUAUUUGAAAGUCAAUGUGAUUAAGGUUACCAUUUGGCUACAGGUGCUCCUGGACAGUUUGGGUCAGUUACUGUUUUUUUUUUACUAGCAACCCAAUGCACUGAGGUACCUUUUUCAGGACUACACGUACCAGAGCAUUGCAGGCAAGUUAAAAAAAACAGGAACUGUCCAAAAUUGUCACAGUAACCAUGAGCCAUUAUGGUCACCUAAAUGUGAUAAAAAGGUCUUUAGAUGUGGAUUGCACUGUCCUGGGGUAGUUCUUUAGGGAUAAGGAUAGCUACGGAUGCUCUAAGCAGUUUUCACUUCAUCAAAUGAUGUAAGUAAUGGGGUUUAUUUUAAUGAUCUUAACAGUUCUAAAACACCUUACCUUCCAUUUUUUCAAUCCCAUACUCCUCGACUUACAAUAGAUAUUUCUAAAUUAAUCUGUCAUCUGUCCACUUGCUUUUUUUCCAGUAAGGAACCACUUUUUAUUUUCCCUAUAAAAUCUGUGAUAUUUGAAAGUGUAACAUGCACAUUCAAGACAUAUUUAUACAAUGGAUCUCAGUAUUCAAACAUUUGAUCCCAGUGAAAUACAUCCCAAAUGUUUUCGGUCCACGUUGAUAGAACAGGUCACCAGCUCAGUCUGCAAUCCUACAUGCACUUUAUUAAGUACUAAAUUUGUAAUGCAUGUCUUUCUAAUGCAUUACAAGACAUGGCCUUGACUUUAUACUGUAUACGUAGCAGUGCUUAUACUGAUGUAUUAGUGAGCUGUAAGAUCGUAGACAUUUCAAAAGGGAUAGCCACUGGCCUCCAAGGUCAUAUUACUUUAUAGCCUUGUUCAACUAGCAUGUGGUAAAGAGUUAUGGUUUUCGGCUGGUUUCACAGACCUCAAUCAGAACUAAUCGUGAAGUACUUUACCUACUUUAGUGCUAAUUGGGGUCUGUGAAACCAGAAAUGAGUGUCUUUGGGGGAAUCAAUUUUAAUGAUCUCAACAAAAAACCUAAAUACAGCUGACUUUAAACUCUAUUUUAACCCUGUGGUCGUUUCAAUAUAAAAUAAAUAAAUCCAAUAUAGUGGGAAGAGGUGUGCAUGUCGAGUAUUUAGAUUCAUUACAGUUUAGAUUAAUAAUAUAGACCCUUGUGUCUUUUUAGUUUGUAACCAAACAGCUACUUAUAUAUCUGGAUAAAUAUAUUUUUUUAUUUUGUAAAUGAUCAACGUAUAUGUACUUUACACACAUUAUUAUUGUUUUAAAUUGGGGCUUGGGGCAGCUUUGAUAGUAGCGCUUUAGAAAAUAGUUCAGUAGAAUGGACACUGAAAGCAUAAUUGCUGCUGAGUCAUCUUCUAGGUGCAGUAUUUCUUUUGUGUUAUUUUUUCAUUUUCUAUAGUAGAGCUAUACAUUUCCAAAGCACUGCCAACUGGAAAACUGCAGCUAGUGCAUUUCUGCAUGGCACUGGCCACUAUGGAUUAUUAGAUUAUGCUUACAUUUGAACCAACUACUGCCAUCUAGUGUUUGUAGAAAUAUUGUUUAUUUCAAUGCCAGCUUUGUGACUGGCACUGAUGACAAUCUGUUGGGUUGCUGAAAUGUCUCAGAGAGAAGGAUUUACUUGUUUAAAAUGCCAAACCCUUCCUUCCUUUCUUUUUUCUACAAGCAGUUAAAUCUUUUAGUUUCCUUAUACCAGUUUAAUAUCUUCCAGGACAUGUCAGGUUUUACCUUACAGAAUAAGCAGUUUUUUUUUGUUUUGUUUUUUAAACUAUCCCUUUACAUUUUCAUAAUGUUUACAAUCAUUCUUAAUAGUUAUUUUUGGAUAAGUCUGUGUUUAGGUGCUUUGACUAUUAGAUCAGGCACUGCUCUUGAGAUCUAGUCUCAGGUCAUAUACAUAUGUAAUGUCAGCUCGAUCAGCCAGUCUCAUACAGGGGUGGUCAACGUUGGCACUUCCAACCCUGUUCUAAAGUGUUUAAUUGAACCAAUUAAACCUCCACCCAGACCCUAAAUUAGUUAAUCAUCUAUAUCUAUCUAUCUAUCUAUAUAUAAAUAUAAUCACACUUGCCAGGCUACAGGGCCCUGUGGUGGCAAAGUUUCAUCUAUCCACAGUGAAUUGCUAUGAGGCCACCUGACUUUAACCACCCCUGUAUCUUAUCAUAUGUUACCACAGUUAAAAUAAAGAGAAGGGUUACAUUGCUUUCAAACUGGGUUUGAUUUUUUGAUUGGGGAAAAGACGUUACUACAACCCAGCAGUUACAUUUAAGCAACAGGUUUACAUAAGGAAAAAAAAAAUGAAAAAUAUUUUUCUAUUAUGUAUUUA